AACAUUUAAAAUUUUAUAAAUACCAAGAUGAUGAAUACAACACAACCUAUUCAUAUUUUUCAUAUUCCCAAGAGUUUACUUGAUCGUUUAGAGCCCGUUGAGAAAGACAAUGAAGUUCUUGUCAGCCUUCAACAAGAAGAAGACGUGACUGCAAAGGCACUUGAACGACUACAGAUUCAACAAGACAAACUAAACAAUGAAUCCAAUAACGCUUUUAUUUGUAAUACAUGUACUAUUUCAUUUACGGAUCGUAACGAACAACGUAAUCAUUUUAAUACCGAUUGGCAUCGAUACAACAUCAAAAGACGAAUCGUACUUAAUGUUGAACCUGUGUCGUUAGAAGCAUUUGAAGUAUUAAUAGCAGAUCUUACUGAAAGCAUAUCUGGUUCUGAUGAUAGUGAGGAGGAAGAGAAUGGUGACAGCGAAAGCUUGAAUCGACGAGAUCAAGUAAGGUCAACGAAUAUAAAUUCACUUGUGGAUAAACAAAAGGAAGAACAAGAAAAUCAAGAGGAAUUAGAAAAUAGUGCUAAGCAAGUUAUGUUGCCCAUUAUGAAAAAAUAUUCUGCAUUGACAUGGUUCAAAACCACUGAUGAUGAUUAUCAUUAUGGAGUCUAUCGUCAUCUAUUUUCAAUCCCACAAACUACACUACAAUCCUUACAACAGCCUAAACGUCGGAUAUGGACUAUCAUUAUGGUAGGUGGAGGACAUUUUGCUGGUGCAGUCAUAGAUGCUAAUAGUGCUGAUAAAGUACAUAUGUUGGCGCAUCGAACAUUCCAUCGCUACACGACACGUCGUAAACAAGGUGGAUCACAAUCCGCCAAUGAUAAUGCAAAGGGAGCAGCCAACUCAGCAGGUGCAAUGAUCCGUCGUCAUAAUGAACUUAUGCUGCAACAGGAAGUUAGAGAAGUCUUGGCUCAAUGGCAAUCACAUAUUAAGGCUAGUGAAUUUGUCUUUGUUCAUGCUCCAAGCAGUAAUCGCAAGAGUGUCUUUCAUUAUGAGGGUGCUGUAUUAGAUCCAGAGCAUGUUAAAUCUAUUCCAUUUGCCACCCGUCGACCCACUCUCAAUGAAUUACAACGCGUCUAUAAGGAACUAACGACGAUGAAGGUAGUUCGUAUUGACAAAGAAGCUGCAGACGCUUAUCGACAGAAAUGGAUGGAACGAGAAGAGAGACUAAAAAGACAAUUAGAGAAAUCAACAAUGGUAAAGAAAGAGAUCAACCAUAAUACUGCCGAUAAAAUGACAGUCAAUCCUCAACUUGAAAAGCUGUUGGCAUUGAUAAAACAAAACAAGACGGCAGUUAUAUUAGGAUAUUUAGAAAAGAAUAAUAUGCAUUUACCAUUAACAGGGGCUCUACCUAAAGAUGAGUUGGAUGGUAAAGAGGACCUUUAUCAUUACCCUACUUUAUUACAUUUAGCAGCAAGUGUAGGGGGAAGAGAGAUAGUCAUGGAGCUUUUAGUGACCUAUGAUGCAGAUCCAACAAUCGUAAGUGCUGCUGGUAAGACGGCUUAUGAAGUGAGUAAAGAUCGAGAAACACGAAAUGCCUUUAGACGAUGUAUGUGUGAUUUUCCCGAUAAAUGGGAAUGGCUUGAAAAGGGACGUGUACCCAGUCCAUUGACAAAGGAGCAAGAGGAACAACAGAGAGAAAAAGAAAAGAAGAAACAAGCAAGAGAAGAGGAAAAGAGACGAUUGAUCGAAAUUGAGCGUCGUAAGAUAGAAGCAGCUAAGGAGGCAAAGGAAGAAGAAAGACGAUUAGAAAAAUUACAGGCACAAAGAGCAAAGAGAAAUCUACUACCUAUUGUUCAAACAUUAGGUGGUGAUAGCGUAGCAAAUACAGCUAAUAUGAGCCCUGAAGCUCGUAUGAGGUUAGAAAGAGAAAAAAGAGCAAGAGCUGCUGAGGAAAGAAUGAAAAGAUUUAAUAAUAAAUAACUCCGCCGUUUAUUGUUGUUGUUGUUGUUUUUCUAUAUAAAUGUUUAUAUGUGUAUACAAAAAUAUCUAUUUUUUUUUUCUUUUUCUUUUUCUAAAGUAU